AUGUCGUCUUCCGAAGAGAGGAAGAGAAAGCUUGAGGAAUUAGCAGAAAAAGCUAGGGCAAAAGCCAAAGUCGCUGAACUCGAGGAACAGGAAGAACGCAAGGAAUCUGCAAAAAAAGCAAAGGCACAUUCCAGAAGCUCUCCAAAAAUUAAGAAAACGAAUGUAUCUUCUUCUAGCUCUUCCCCGGCAAAAAGCAAAUCUCUUCCUCCUUUAGGAGGAGGUGGAAGAGCUGCACGUCAGGACGAAUAUGAAGACGAUGGAUUCAUUGUGGAUGAUGAGGACGUAUCUGUAUCAGAAAGUAAAUCUGAUUCUGAAGAUUUUGAUGUAGCUGAUGACCCUGAUUCAAGUGAUCCUGGAUCAAAAAAAAAGAAAAAAGUCGCGUCUUCAACGAAACACAAACAAUCAAGCAACAGUAACAAAAAAGUGACAAAACGAAAGAAAGAUGAAGCAUCUGAUGAUGAUGAAAUCGUAGUAAAAAAGAAAUCUAAUAAAAAAAAGAAGCGUAAUGAUGACGAUUCAUUUGACGAAGGCUCUGCUGAUGGUGAUGACUCAGAUGAUUUAAGACGAAGAACAAGAGGGAAACGAAUAGAUUUUACAGGACAAGAUCCAUAUGAUGAUGAUUGA